AUGUCCAGCAUACUCCAACGAUCAUCAAUCAGGGGAGGCCUGGUCAAGCAAUGUGUAUCUUUCCGCCCUCUCCCAAGCCGAUUCCGACACUUGACGGUUAUUCCUGAUUGGCGAGAUUCAACUGCGCGAUUCGGCUACUCCACCCCUCCUUCUCCCACCCAAAGGCGACUCUUUAGCCAGAAGAUAGAAGGGGUACCGGUAUUGAACGGGGCUGGGGAGCAUAAUCGAACCGAAGAGCCAGAAUCACCGGAAGACAUGGAAGAGGAUAUACCCACAGCCGAGAAAUGGAAACAACUUGUGACGGCUAUCGAGAACACCACGAAAGAGGCCAUUAACGCUAGCCCUCCUUUUGAUGUGUCUUCACCUGCUGUCUUUCAGACCUACUGGCGAGAUGUUUUCAGCCGUUUAAGGAGUUCUGUUGUUGCCGACAACACGAUACCGGAAUUUUUAACGGACCCGCCUGUGAAGAAGUUCUCAAUAACAUUUAUGGAUGUCCUUCACGGACUGGCCUGUGCAUGCUGCCACCCCGAGGAGGCCCAGGCUAAUGUCACGCUGGAGAAUGCUACGGGUGUUACAAAGGCAGAUUUGAUGGAUGGCGUGAUUGAACAGCUGUACGGCGAGAAGCUUCCACGCGUGUACACGGAGCCUGAGUAUCUGUUUGAUGUCCGAGACCGCGAGCCUAGCGACACCGAUAGUGACGAUGAAGGGUACUCUCUUGAUGAUGUCUCUUUCACAGACGAUUCAGGCGUUGUGGUUUAUGAGACUGCUUGGAUUAGUUCCCCUGGGCAAAGGGAUGGAAACAACCUUACAUAUUCAGAGGAACCGCAGAUAUACUUCUACUGCUGUAAACCAGAGAAGUACCAUGAAUUCAAAAGACUCUGGGCCGGUGUCAUCGAACAGAUGAACAGAGAUCAUGAGGAAGCCAGGAGCCGGUCUAAUGCCGCGGUAGAACCAACCUAA